CACGCGCGCGAGAGAGAACGCUCUCCUCGCCUCGCACGACGCCUCACUCCCUCCGCGCUGCUCCGCUCGCGGCGUCGUCGGACUCGCUCGCGCGUCGUCUCGGGUGACGUGAUAAUUCUUCCGCGUCGCGUCGUCGCGACGUCGCGUCAACGAUCUCGUCUCCGUCGAUCGGAAGGAUGUCCGGAUCCCCGCAGCCCCCGCCGCCGCAGUUCCAGGGCGCGAAUCACUUCAGCAUCGACGUCGAGUGCAUCGCGAGCGGGACGCAGCAUAACGCGCGAGAGGUGGCGCAGAUCGCGCUCGUGGACCAGCACGAGCGGUGCCUCCUGAACGUCUACGUGAAACCCCCGGAGGGCGUCGUCGUCGCCUCGUACCUCACGCCGCUGACCGGCCUCAGCGCGGAGCUUCUCGAUGCCCACGGCGUUUCGCUCGCGGAGGCGAUCGCGGCGGUGCGAAACGCGCUCCCGCCGCACGCGGUGCUCGUCGGGCAGAACAUCGCCAAGGACGUGGAGUGGCUGGGCCUGAGAGAGGGAACGGACUUCGCGGGGAUGGUAGACCUCGCCGGCGUGUGGCGCGUGUGGAACGAAAAGUACAAGAGCUGGAGCGUGUUCGGGCAGGACCACCUCGUGAAGACGCUGCUCGGGAGCGACGUCGCGGAGCAGCACAACGCGGCGAUCGAUGCGCUGAAGUCGGUGCGGCUGUUCAACUACUACGCGUUUUUGCAGUCGCCGGGCGGAGGCGGGGAGCCGGCGGUGGAAGCGGCGAAGCGACGGCUGCUCGAGACGCCGCCGGAGCCGUCGUUCGCGAAGAAGAACCCGUCGUGGGAGGGGUGCUGCAUGGGGAACCGGAAGACGUGCACGUGCGGCGCGCCGUUCUUCGGGUGAAGAGGAGAAGAGAGGGGCGGGUGGGAACCGAAAAACAAAAGGAAAAAAAAAACGAGGGAAAACUUUACCGUAGGACGUAGGGUCUUCCUCGCCCCCCCGCGGCGGCGCGGAGGGGAGAGGGAGGCGUAGAAAAUGGCGCCGCGACGCGACUUCGAGAAGACGCGCGGCGCGGCGCCGCCAAAAAAAUAGGGAUAGGGUAAUAGGGUGUCUGUUGUCGUAGCUGCUAAAAGAAUCUUAGUACU